CAGCACAGUUUAGAUACGUGUUCACGAUCGCAGUUCCUGUACAUGGACAAUGCUACACCUGCUGUGCCUUGUGUUCCUGUCGUCUUCCGCCAUGGGCGUGUACCAGCCUCACCCCGGUGCCCGUUUCCAAUGGCAACUAGAAGUGGAUGACCAGAACCCGUUCCAGUACUCAAUGCAAGCGGACCUGUACGAUACUGACCUGUGGGCAGUCACAACGCGUGACAUCACCGCGAUCCAUGCUAAAGGCGGUAAAGUGAUCUGCUAUUUCUCGGCCGGCUCCUACGACCACAACCGGCCGGACGCUGGUCAGUUCCACGCCAGCGACCUCGGGAACAAGAUGGACGGAUGGGACGAGAAGUGGAUCGACAUACGAUCGAGUAACGUGCGUCGCAUUAUGUCGGCGCGGAUGGACCUUGCGAAGAGCAAGGCCUGUGACGGCAUCGAACCUGACAACGUGGACGGUCACGAGCACGGGAACGCGAACUUCGGCUUCACGAGCAGCGAUCAGCUCAACUACAACAAGUGGCUCGCUUCAGAGGCCCACAAGCGCAAUCUCUCCAUCGGCUUGAAGAACGACGCUGAGCAGAUCCCACAGCUGCAUACGUUCUUUGAUUGGGCCCUCAAUGAGGAGUGUCACACAGUGGACGGGGGCCGCGAGUGCGACCUUUACAAGCCAUUCCUCGCAGAGGGCAAGCACUUGCUAAAGAAUAAACCAACAUUAUUUCUCUUCCUCCUUCCUGCAGGCCGUGUUCAACAUAGAGUACGUGAAUGGCCACCAUGUGAGUGCCUCAGACCUGCAGAAGUGUACGUCCCACCACCCCAGCGGUAUGAGCACGCAGUUCAAGGUCUAUGAUGUGGAUGCCUGGGCACACCACUGCCCUGGACAGUGACCCAACAUUUAAUAUUGACAAUAAAAUUACUCAUUUAAAUAAAUUGAAAAACAAGCAAA